UAUUUCACAUUGCCUGGUGACGAAAAUUUUGAGCUUGUGAAAGGUGGCAAGAAUCGAGCCGUUACCAGUUCCAAUGUUCUGCAGUUCGUGAAGUUGGUCGCUCACUGGCAGCUGGUCGAAGGCGUACGCCGUGAAAUGGAGGCUGUACGUAAAGGAUUUGAAACAAUUAUCAAUAUCAGUGACCUGACGUGCUUCACCCCAGAUGAGAUGGAGGAGCUAUUUUGCGGUUGCUCCGAAGAGACGUGGAAACGAACGUGGAGCGAGUCCGCGCUACAAGCAGCAAUCAAACCGGACCACGGCACUGUUGGGCCAUCGUUCUCUUGUGCCCGAGAUGUACAAUCGUGCAACGACAUCCUCUUUGGCCUUGUUUUGUAG